CACAACGCGUGGGUGAGAGGGGAGAGGGAAGGACAGGAGAGGCAGGAGCUGCAGCAAACUAACCGGGAAUGAAGGCGCAAGAAUGCCCACUGGGACGGUGUGGAGGCUCCGCCAGAUCUAGGCAGACGCACGUCGGAAAAAGUGAUUUUCUGUGAGGACACCAGAAGAAUAACCUGGGGACAGGGCUGUGCGAGACGUCAUCCUCUUGGCUGAACAAAAGUUUGCGCCAGACAUUUGUCUUCCCCACGCAGCAGAGAUGAGAUUGAACCUCUCCACCAGCUGGAUAUUCCGAGGCUGGAUAACGUGCCUCCUUUUCACCUUUUGCGCACAGAAAGUGGUCUCUAAAGCUCUCCAAUGUGGCAAAAACCAGUACUUAAAAGGCUCCAAGUGCUGCAACAAGUGUGGACCAGGCUUCCGUGUGUUUGCAGAGUGCUCUGAUUCAAAGGAGACGAUAUGCCAUAAAUGUGAUGGCGGUGAAUAUCAGCCCGGCUGGACUGAAGACACCCGCUGUCUGCAGCAGAAGUACUGUGACAAGGGCAAGGGUUUUACAGACAGGGCUGAAAACCCUGUGGCUGAGGAGCCGUGUCGCUGCCGGGCCAACUUCCAGUGCUCUCCCAUCAACUGUGAGUUCUGUGAGAAGAUACCCAACUGCAAGCCUGGAUCUGGGCUGGAGGCUGACCCCGAAUCAACUAAUGGAAGGAGGAUUUGUAUGCCCUGUAAGAAAGGCUUCUUCUCCUCUGAAACCGCUUCGGAACCCUGCAAACAGUGGACCAACUGCAAGGCACUGGGCAGGAGUGAGAGACAGCCAGGCAGCACGCAGGCUGAUGCUGCAUGUGGACCACCCGUCUCCGGUGCACCGUCCUCUUGGGUAAUCGUGUCGGUGCUGUCAGUGAUCACCAUUCUCUCUCUGCUCAUCCUGCUGCUCUUCUGCUACAAGGACAAACUUAAAUUACUCUCUGUGAAUUUGCGAUCCUGUGUGCAGAAUCUGAAGAGGACCAGGAUACAGCAGGAGACCCUGGCCCCUCUCUACCACAGUGGAGGGGGAGGAGGAAUAGGGGGAUUAGCAGGAGGCCCUGGGGGUCCCAACUGUACAAUAUGUGAGACCACCAAACUCAUCUGCCAAGCACCCGCGAGCGAGCCCCUGUGCACCUACCCCACCUCCGUUCCUGACAUCAAGGUCUCCCUGCCAAACACACCCCUCACAGGUGGAGCCAGAGAUGAAGAAGGGAGGAAGGGGAAGACUGGGACAGAGGAGGGGAGCGAAGGGUCCGGAGAGCCAGAGGAGGUGUCCGAGGAGGAGGAGAUUGUGAGCGUGUCUCCUCUCUGGGCGGGCUCGUGUGUGUGCGUGGUGCCUGUGCGCGAGCCUCUGGAAGUAGGGGAGAACGAGGACUGCAGCCAGGCUGUCAGCCCCGGGACGCUGGGAGCCUGCCUCUGCGGAGGAGACGAGAGGGAGAAAGAGGAGAAGGGCGAGAGCGAGAGGAGGGACAGCAGCGGAGAAAAGGGGGAAACAGACCGAGAAAAGAGGAGUUCAUCCAAAAGUGAGACAGGUGUUGCAUCUCUCGUCUCUGUCUCCCCUCCUCUCCUCCCCCCAUCCAGCCCGCUUCGCGAACUCUGCGUACCCUUGUCCCAGGCACAGGCGAGGCCCGAGUCCAAACUCCACCUGACCAGUAGGUCCACAGUAAAGGACGAGGAGCUAUACAGACUGACAAGCGUAGACUCCGCCUCAACAGAAGAGACCGCGCCUACUAUGACCUCCACGGUGACCUCCUUCAACCCCUCCAUGAGCUCCUCAUCGGUAGGAGACCUCUACCUGGACAAGCUUCCCGAGACCUCCGGGGACGACCAUGGCCAGGGACUUUCCUGGAGGGACAGUGGGGGAAACAAGCUAUCAUCUGGGGACUCAGAGCUGGAGUGUCCCCCCGAGAGCCUCCAGAGCCAGCUGGCUGAACCAGCACUUACCUCAGGUCAGGUGACAGGGAACCACAACACCACCUUCAUCUCCAGCGGUCAGGUCAUGAACUUCAGCGGUGAUGUCAUCGUCGUGUACGUCAGCCAGACGUCGCUAGGCAACGAGGGGGCGGGGCUGGACGACGCCUUCGGAAGCCCCGUCCAGGAGCAGGCCAAUGAGACCAUUCCACUGUUCGAGAGUAGCUUUGGGAUACCAGGGGACUCCAUUACCCACAGUCCCUCACAAGACGGGACCCUACCAGUUCAGGAAAUGAUGGAUGAGUGGCAAAGGGGGAAGUAAAAGGCACCAACAGGGACAUGUUUCCUGCGAUAACAGCUUUAUCCUCCGGAAGGUGAUGGAUUAACAGCUGAGUGUCUUCCAGCACAGUGAUCAGCUCUCUGUUCCUAUCCCCAAGCACUAGAAAGCUGACUUUUGAUCAGUGAGGGUAGGCUAUUUCAUCCUACAACUGUUUGGUUCUGUGUAAAAAAAAAUGUAUUUGUCCAGCCAUACCAGCUUUCCUUUAGUGUAUCUCACAGGUCUGAGAUACCAGGGAAAGGUAAUAUGGAAAGGUAUGGAAAGGAGGGCUUGUAGAUAAUAUGAGUUUGAGCAGUUAAGAGACUGAGAGCAGAACUUUUUGAGAUGUGAAUGUAUGGACCCAAACCGAUAUUAAGCCCCUGGACACUUAACCAAGUACAGCAUAUGCCCAUCCCCUUAAACAAAAAAAAAAAAGAAAAAAAAAAAAAAAGAGCUGAACAGUGCCUCACCCAUCUCUAACUGCCUUUUUUCACUUCCCAGCAGAAAGUUGAAGGCUUUUCUGUGGAAACUCCCUUGAUUCCAGACACUGAUGGGGAAUUUUGUUGGAGAAUGGAUGUGGAACUACAGUUUAGGCUGGAAAAGGGGGAUGUUUUUAUCAUUGUGUGGAAAAUGUGUCUGGGUCCCAGUGCUAAUACCAGAAAACUACAUUUCUUUGGCUCAUUCCCAUCAGUCGCACAAGUGAUCUAAACUGGAGAGUCUAAAGCUGUAUGAGGGACGCCUUCCUUCAGAAAAAUCAGGUUGAUGUUUGGAUGACUUGAGGAGUUUCUUUAUAAAGCAAAAUGUCCACCAUGUGGAAAAGUGAUGUUUACGCACACAAAACGAUUGUGGCCAUGAAAGUAAAGUUAUUAUAGAAAAACCUUCAACCUAAAACUUAUAUUUUAAGACUUACACCAGCAAAAUUUUUAAUAAUUUUAGGGGUGGAAUCAUUCAGAUUUGUUCAGAUAGUAGUAUUGAAUUUCAGGUUUUCUUCAAAAUGAACAUACACUGCCUUUAAAUUAGGAGGCAGCCGUUUUUAUCUUCUUGUUCCAUUUCUUUUCUCGUUAUUUUCUUUCGGUUUGUGGGGAUUUGGAAAAGUUCUUUUACAUUAAUGAGACACAUCCAAUUUUGGUACGAUGCUUGUUUAACUUUUAUCUAGAUUUUUUUUAAUUCUCUGUUUAUUGCACCACAAGUGCAGUUUGUGUCUAAGUAAAAAAAAAAAUGCUAUGCAUUUGAUAAGCUAUAUUGUUACUGGUUUGUUUUCUCUGAAGAUGUUUUUGAUGUACAAGCCUCAAUGAAGAAA